GUCAAAAUAGCUGUCGAAAGUCGAAAAACGUCAAUUUGCAACCUAGUCCAUCAGUGCAGUUUACAGCCACAUUAAAUUAAUCACAUUGUUACAAUUUUAAACACGAGGAUUUUGUACAUUCUUAUUUUCAAGCUUUUGUUUAUUUAAUCGUUCGUCAAGAUGUACCCCGUUGGCCAACCUCCAGCGGGGGAGACGAGUGCUGGCGCCGUGAGCGUGUCCGGAGCUGUGAGCGCAGCGGCGGGCACCACAGGGGCCGCUCCGGGUGCGCCGACCACCGCGCCGGUGUCGGGCGGCUCUCCGCCCGGCGUGACGAGCGGCUCGCUCGUGUCUCCCGCGGCCCCUCCCCCGCCAGACCUGCCAGUGCUCACCUGCCCCCGCCGUCCCAACCUCGGACAUGAGGGCCGCCCAAUCAUGCUCCGUGCAAACCAUUUCCAAAUAUCAAUGCCAAGAGGAUUUGUACAUCACUAUGAUGUCAAUAUACAACCUGAUAAGUGCCCUAGGAAGGUAAAUAGAGAAAUUGUUGAAACUAUGGUACAUUGUUACAAUAAAAUAUUUGGUGCUCUAAAGCCUGUGUUUGAUGGCAGAAACAAUUUAUAUACAAGAGACCCGCUGCCUAUUGGCAAUGACAGAGUUGAGCUUGAGGUUAUUUUGCCAGGUGAAGGAAAGGACAGAGUAUUCCGUGUUACUAUUAAAUGGGUGGCCCAGGUAUCACUAUUUGCAUUAGAAGAGGCAUUAGAAGGCCGAACGAGACAGAUUCCCUAUGACGCUAUACUGGCUCUGGACGUAGUAAUGAGACAUUUGCCCUCAAUGAUGUAUACUCCAGUGGGCAGAUCAUUCUUUUCAUCACCCGAAGGAUAUUAUCACCCUCUUGGUGGUGGCAGAGAGGUGUGGUUUGGUUUCCAUCAGUCUGUGAGGCCGAGCCAAUGGAAAAUGAUGCUUAAUAUUGAUGUGUCUGCAACUGCAUUUUACAAAGCACAACCUGUUAUAGAAUUUAUGUGUGAAGUGUUAGAUAUAAGGGACAUUAACGAGCAAAGAAAACCGCUGACAGAUUCACAAAGAGUGAAAUUUACCAAAGAAAUAAAAGGACUUAAGAUUGAAAUAACACAUUGUGGGACUAUGAAGAGAAAGUACAGGGUGUGCAAUGUCACCCGCAGGCCAGCGCAGAUGCAGUCUUUCCCUCUACAAUUGGAAAACGGACAAACAGUUGAAUGUACUGUAGCUAAAUAUUUUUUGGAUAAGUAUAAAAUGAAACUCAGAUACCCUCACCUGCCGUGUCUGCAAGUGGGGCAAGAGCACAAACACACAUACCUACCUCUAGAAGUAUGUAACAUUGUACCUGGACAGAGAUGCAUCAAGAAGCUGACAGAUAUGCAGACGUCGACAAUGAUCAAAGCCACAGCGAGAUCGGCACCAGACAGGGAGCGGGAGAUCAACAACCUGGUGCGGCGCGCGAACUUCAACACGGACCUGUACGUGAAGGAGUUCGGGCUGACCAUCUCCAACAACAUGAUGGAGGUGCGCGGGCGCGUGCUGCCGCCGCCCAAGCUGCAGUACGGCGGCCGCGUCUCCUCGCUCGGCGGACAACAGGCUUUGCCGAACCAAGGCGUGUGGGACAUGCGCGGGAAGCAGUUCUUCAUGGGCGUCGAAAUCCGAGUGUGGGCCAUCGCGUGCUUCGCGCCGCAGCGGACCGUCAGAGAAGAUGCUCUGAAGAACUUCACGCAGCAGCUGCAGAAGAUCUCGAACGACGCGGGCAUGCCCAUCAUAGGGCAGCCGUGCUUCUGCAAGUACGCGACGGGCCCGGACCAGGUGGAGCCCAUGUUCAAGUACCUCAAGUCCACCUUCGUGCAGCUGCAGCUGGUCGUCGUGGUGCUGCCGGGGAAGACGCCUGUUUACGCCGAAGUGAAACGAGUGGGUGACACGGUGCUCGGCAUGGCGACGCAGUGCGUGCAAGCGAAGAACGUGAACAAGACGUCGCCGCAGACGCUCAGCAAUUUGUGUCUUAAAAUCAACGUCAAGCUCGGAGGGAUCAACUCUAUUCUGGUGCCAUCUUUGCGUCCCAAGGUGUUCAACGAGCCUGUGAUAUUCCUCGGAGUGGACGUGACGCACCCGCCGGCGGGUGACAACAAGAAGCCGUCGAUAGCCGCCGUGGUGGGCUCCAUGGACGCGCACCCGUCUCGGUACGCGGCCACAGUGCGCGUCCAGCAACACAGGAUGAGUGCGAGUGACAUUGGUGGUUGCAGACAGGAGAUCGUGCACGAGAUGAGCAGCAUGGUGCAGGAGCUGCUGAUCAUGUUCUACAAGAGCACAGGCGGAUUCAAGCCGCACCGCAUCAUCAUGUACCGCGACGGCAUCUCGGAGGGACAGUUCAUACAUGUCCUGCAGCAUGAGCUCACCGCCGUGCGCGAGGCGUGCAUUAAGUUGGAGGCGGAGUACAAGCCCGGCAUCACGUUCAUAGUGGUGCAGAAGCGGCACCAUACGCGGCUGUUCUGCGCCGACAAGAAGGAGCAGUCGGGCAAGUCCGGCAACAUCCCCGCCGGCACCACCGUCGACCUCGGCAUCACGCACCCCACCGAGUUUGACUUCUACCUGUGCAGCCACCAGGGAAUUCAGGGCACAUCCCGACCGUCGCACUACCACGUGCUAUGGGACGACAACCACUUCGGCUCGGACGAGCUCCAGUGCCUCACGUACCAGCUGUGUCACACAUACGUGCGCUGCACGCGCUCAGUAUCCAUCCCCGCGCCCGCGUACUACGCUCACCUCGUCGCCUUCCGCGCGCGCUACCACCUCGUGGAGAAGGAGCACGACUCCGGGGAGGGCAGCCACCAGUCCGGCUGCAGCGAGGACCGCACGCCCGGCGCCAUGGCGCGCGCCAUCACGGUCCACGCCGUCACUAAGAAGGUUAUGUACUUCGCCUAGAGUAAAGUUAACGAUUGGCCAUGGUGCUUCACAUCACAGUCCACGCAGUCAGUGAGGUCAUUUACAUUGCCUAAGGAUAUCGUUAAAUAUUGGCCAUGGUGCACGUCAUUAAUGUCCUCGCCGACACUAAGGUCAUGUACAUUGCCCAAGGAUUUCGUUAAAGAGCGCGUCAUUAAUGUCUUCGCCGACGCUAAGGUCAUGUACAUUGCCUUAGGAUAUCGUUGAAUUGGCCAUGGUGUGCUCCAUUACGGUGUACGUCACUAAGAAAGUUUAUGUACUUCGUCUAGAGUAACGUUUAUGAUUGGUCGGUCUUGUCAGAUGAGAUCUGAUUCAUCACUGAAUCAUUGUGCUUACUGUUUGAAAAUCUGCAUCAUAUAACCCGAGCAAGAAAAUUACCCUCGCCAUGUUGCGUUAAACGAACGAACUAAUUUCUUUACAAAGAAACUUUUUUUUAUGGGAUUAUAUACAAAAUUAUAUAGUUUUUUCAAUAGCUAUAAUUCAUACAAUUAUAGCAAUAUUUAAAAAAGAAUAGCGAAUUCAGACCAUUUUUUUCGUUAUUAAGUUGUAUGUAUAAAUCUGUAAUAACAAUUUUGUUAUUUGACGUGACCGACCAAUAUAAUCUAUGUGUAAUAACUUGUUGUGUAUAGAGACAAUUUACACCUAAUCAUGUACCUAUGUAAAAGACAUUCGAAACCAUAUGAGUCUACUAAUAUUGGAUAAUUGUAUUCAUUCGGAUCUCAUCCUUAUAAGCACUAUGUAGGUUUGUGCAAAAUGUUGGGUAGCUUUUCUCGAAUGGUUGCUACAAACGUGCAGGGGUUUAUUCCAUAUAUAUUUGACAUUUACAAUUUACAAGUAUAUAAGAGGUUGCCACGGAAUUGAUAAAUGUCACAAAUUUAUAGAAUGACCAUAAUUAAGGUUUACGAGUCAUCAUGACAGUCAAUAUUGUAAGAACGCUUUAAAAUACAGUUUUUUAUCUUAAGGACUCGAUGUUAGGUUACAUCCAUGUGUCCACAUGUUUGUUUGUAACAUGUAUAUUAUAUAUAAAAAAAAGCACACGAGAGAUUAUUGAAUUUUGUAGCCAAUUUUUAGGUAGACUGUUGUCACUGAGUCCUUUUAUAACCAUUCCAAUAACCUAUCCUGAUACUGUUAUUUGAUGAAUUGUUUAGAAAUGGUGUUGUUAUGCAAAAAAAAUCAUAAUUCUUGACAUAAUAACUUUGCGAAACAACUUAUUGACUGAUAGAUGGGUUUUUGAAAAUGGCAAUAGACGCGGCCAAAUGCUCAUGUAUUACGGUCUCCCGACACCUACGAUUGCGAUACUGUAGAUCAAAUGCACAGAGAAACUACAGAUUGUCUCAGAGAGACAAAAUCUUAUGACCUCGAUCCCCCAACGGGCCACAGAACAGGCAGCACCAAAUUACUUUAAAGUUGGUGCAAAUGAGCAGCUUCCGCGGUUUUCAGGUAAAAGGACUCAAAACGGCUAAAAUACUUGAUGCGACCUGUGAAACUGCAAAUCGUCGAGCUAAGUGCUAGCCAUUUCAUGGAACAUGAGGCUAGUUUGUUCCAUCUUUUGCAAAAUGAUUUGUUAUCGGUGAAGCAAUAAUGUCAGCGAAUGUACUCGAAUGAUCCUCGAGAUUAAUUUGUAAACUUGUUGCGUCCUAUGCUCAUGCCCUAUUAUGGAUAAGUAGAUCAAUGUGUUUUAAUAUAUGUGGCCAUAAUACAUUACCGAAAAACCCAAAUAAACAACCUCGAUUAUGACAUGAGAUGUUGGACAAUUGGCAAAUACUAAGGACCAGUUUCAUCACCUUUUCAUAAGUAUAUCUGAUAGCUUAUGGACAAGUUUUGUCUUUGACAUUUGACAUCAAGAAAUGACAACAUUUACGGAAAGUCUCCGCACACGGGCCACACGCGACAGCCACAAACGCCGCCACAAGAAGCAAGAAGGGGCAACAAAAGUAGUUGAAGCACGUGACAGCCACUUGUGGCCGGUGGUUGACACUUGCGGUCGUUUGCUGCUACUUUUCGACUCUAAUAACAGGUUUACUAAUAUAUGGGAGAGAGGGGUGCGGAAUCGCGCGAGUGUCGUGUGGCGGCGUUUAUUGAUCGGUGCGGGCCACAAGAAGCGAGCAGCGACGAUUGUAGCGUGUGGCAGCCACCGGCGUCAACCGUGUGCGGUGAAUCCAUAUAAAAUGUAUGAAAAUUACAGGAAAUAUGCCGGUAGCGGCGUUUUGUGGUUGUGGCCGAUGGCCCUUGUGUGGUAGCCCUUAGGUGGUGAAAUCGGACCUAAAUGUUUCAUUUGUAUAGGCAGACUAAAUUUUCAUUUUUGUGUUCCAACUAAAAAGCCAAGUAUUUAAUUUUCGGUUGUGUAUACAAUGAAGGCAGUUUUAGAUUAAAUUCAUUUAAAAUGUUAUAUCCGUAGAUCAGUAUGUACUCGUAGGUAUAAUAUCUGUCAUAUUAUGUUCAGCUAUCCAUAUACAGCUAUGGUGUAUUUGAUAUAUUUAAAUAAAAUAUUUUUGUGCAUCUUUUAUAAAGCUGAUCAUGUUGUAAUAAAUCGUAAUUAUAAGUGUAACUAUCUAUCUACACGUCUCGCAAAAUUUUAGUGUGCUUUGAGUGUUCGUGUCUGUUUUGUGUACGGGAUUGUGUGCCACAAUGUAAUGAACCUAAUGUACCAAACUUUAAAGAUCAAAUUCGUUUUUAAACUCUUGUUGAUAAAAGUGAUAUAUUAGUUAUUGAAUUGAAGACCUUAAAACAGAGGUACAUUAAGUCUAUUUUACUCUGAUAUCAGAGUAUUUCUUUUUAUUGGUAAGUGGUCGAGUUUGUGAGGUGUUAUUGUCUAUGUAAUGUGAGUAUGGGCUAUAUUUACGGAGAAUUGUGUCGAAUUUCAUUUACGCGUAUUAUUUUUUAUUGAUGACAAAUUUGAUAAUUAUGCUCGUUUGUAAGGAGUGUGCUUUAACUUGAAAAACCUUGAAAAAUCUUUGGCUUAAUAUAAAGGUCCCAAUUUACAGAGGACAAGGAUAUUUUUAUGAUCACUGUAAUUGUAAUUGUUGCAUGUAAAAGGUAUCAUGUGGAACUAAGCAAUGAGUAUUAAGCAAUAUGAUUCAUCCCAUAUUUUUAAGGAUGAUACCCGCAAAUAUUAGAUUAGAAUCAGUGGAAGUGCAGUCGUUUAUAAUAUAAACUAGCUGACGCCGCGCGGUUUCACCCGCGUAGUUCCCGUAGGAAUAUGGGGAUAAAUAGCCUAUAAUCUUCCUCGAUAAAUGGGCUAUCUAACACUAAAAUAAUUUUUCAAAUCGGACCAGUAGUUUCUGAGAUUAGAGCAUUCAACCAAACAAACAAACUCUUCAGCUUUAUAAUAUUAAUAUAGAUUAGCCUUCAUUAUUAGCUAAAUUAGCUAAAAAGUGAUAUUAUUGAUGGAAAUUUUUGUCUUUAUUCUAACAAUUUUUUUUAAAAUAAUUCAAUAGCAAAAACUGGGUUAACUCUGACAUAACAGAAUAGCAGUGAAACUUGGAGCUUGUAGAGAACUAUCACUAUGAAUACAAACCUUGAGUGUACUGUAUUUUUUGACAAGGAUGAGUUAAAGGAAAUUACUUUGGGAUAAAGGUAACUUCUGCUAAGGAAUGCCUUAGAGCCAAAGAAGAUAAUUAUUUUUUUAAAUUUAAAUGGACUUUAUGUUGUACAACAUGUCAAUGAUGUACACAAAAUGUGUUUUACUGAAAACUUUUGCGCUUGUGGUUUCUACGACUUACCCAAAAUAACCAUUACGCUUAUUAGGAAAAUGUUGACUUUUCCAAUUGUCGGUAAAAAAAUCAAUAGAUAUCUUUCUAAUUAUUUUUAUGAUGAUCAAAUAAACACUAGCCUUGCGAUGGCGAUACGAUGUCCUUUAGUGUUCAUUUACACGAGUGGCAGCUGCUACCAACUAUUUCAGUCGACUGCCGUUGGCUGCCGCCGAGACGUCGCCGACUGCAGUCGACUGCCGUUGGCUGCCGCCGAGAGGUCGCCGACUGCAGUCGACUGCGGUCGUCGGUAGCAGUUGCCGCUCGUGUAAAUGAACACUUAGAUGAAAGUUCGUUUUUUACACGUCUACAAUAAACUCGACAUUGCUGUUAAAACAACGGCUCGACUUUAAAAUGUGCGCUUUAAUGACGAUGUAAGAUACUCGUAAACAACCUUUAUGUUAAUCUUCUUGGUGGUAAUCAUGUAACAAUUAUAAUGAAUUAUAUUAUUAUUAUUGAUUUUAAUAUAUUUUUAAGUAGUAUAAGUUUACAAUGAAGGUACAGGUAAUCUUCAUUUGUUUUACGUUUGUUGCCCAUGAAAGAUUUGUUGCAUAGUGCAUAUUGAUUGUCAUUGAUCGUCGCCAUUAUUUUCAAUUAUUAUUUAUUAAUAUUAUUAUUAAUUAAUGUAUGUCACAUUUUUGUUAAUUUUAAACAACAUUUUGUGGUUUAUUAUUGUUAUAACCGAUCCGAAGUGAGUAUUUGACUAUACUUUAUUGUACAUCAACAAAAUACGAUAUAUAUCCAAUUAUUAUUUACAGGAAUGCUUUUACAUGUUUUUUUUUAUAAUUUACUAUACUUAUUGCUGUUUAGUUGGGUAACUUUGCUGAAGAUUGAAGAUAACCUUGAAACACGACGGUCUUUUGGGACGUUUGUUGUAACAAAGGGGUUAGUAGUGGAAAUUAUUUUAGUGACUACAAUUCACAACUGAAACUCCUAUGCAUUCUACAUACAUUAAUGGCUUUUUAACCAGCUGAUUAGUAAACCGGCUGUUGAAAAAAUUAACCUUUUGUUAUGUUGUUAGAAUUAGAAUAGUAGUACAAUUGUAAUAAUGUAAUAAAAAGGCUCUUACUACUUAAUAUAUUUCUUCGUUGUUUCACUAUAAACAUCAUAAUGCCUUUUUAUUGGCAUCCAUAGAGACUUCCAUCACUCUGAUACGUUUGAUGUUGUUCGUUCACCUUAUGCGAUGGGGGAGUCACCAUUCCAACACCUUUGGAUCCAAACGUCCGUCAGUUUCUUUGGUUAAAGUUGCCCAACAUAACUGUAAUAUAUAAAAAUCAAAAUAACCAAGUAAGGUAUAGUUAAAUACCCGUUGACAUGAUGCCCGCCUUAGAUUUUGUCGCAAGAAUGUCUCAGUGCUUCAACAAUUCGCUUUGUUAGAUGUAAGUUAGAUAUAAUGUCUGUCGUUUUUGAUGUUCAUCGUUCUAUGUUUUCGGAUAAGUUUAACGCAUUAAGUAGAUAUUUCAAUGACUCACAGAUGGCAAUUUAGCAAUUAGCUGCAAUUUAGUAUUAAGUAUAACAAUCGAAUUAUUUAAGUACACAUUACACCAACCGGUUGUGUUAAUAUUAUCUAAGAUCCCUAGUAAGGUCGACUUUCACCCAUUUGUUUACAGGAUGAAAAUUAUAUUUUGUUGUAUAAAAUAAGCUUAUCAAUUAUCACAUAUAGAGUGGCCUCAAAUAGAAUGGCCAUAACUAUAAAAAAAACGACCAUUAUAUGUGUACACUGGACAGAUUUCACUGGCAACAGUGUAUUCGCUAUAAAAUUGACUUCAUUUAUAUGUACCUACUCCUAAGUUUCAAGUGGUAAGCAGAUGAGCGCAAUUACUAAUAUCUACUUACCUUUUUGUUGUUUGUAAGAAGUAUUUUAAACUCGUAUAUUAUUAUUAUUAUUACUUGCCACUGGAAUUAAAUUUAUGGCAAGUCAGUGAAAAUUAAAAAAAAAACUUUUUUCAGUUUUUAUUAAUUAUAGCCAUGGUCGUAUUUUAGGGCAACCCUAUUGGUAUGUGUUAAUUAUUAUUUUAUUUUACUUCUUUCAGUUUCUAUCUAUUUAUUUUAUAUGAUAAAAAAUAUAAUUUUAAUCUGGUAAGCAAGUGUUAAAGUAGACCUUACUUGGGAUAUUCUAUUGAUAAUUUUCUCGUCAAAGAAAAUGCAUUUUUUUACAUGGAACGUUCUACAUCAAAAGCGACCUAAAUAUAAAUUAUUUUUUAAUAUAAUUAUAGGAUUCUUAAACAAGGGACGUGAAUAUAGUACUACUUAUAUGAAUUAGGUGUAAGUCAAGUUUUAUUCUUUUUAAUCGGAUGAUCUGCUGAGAACUAUUGUACCAAAUGAAUCCAUAUAAACGUUACAUUAACGUAACGUAACGUUACAUUAUAUUACAAUGAGCAGUACGCCGUUAGAAUCCGUACAGUUGUUUCAUAAAACUGAUAUCACGCUUUGAACAUUUACCAAAUUAAUAACUAGUACCUAUUCGCAAUAUUUUUGUAGUCAUAUAUUAAACUAGGUUUGACACGGUAUUCAUAAAACCUAUUUAUGUGGACAAAAUUAGAGUAUAUAAAUAAAUAAAUAAAUGGUUAUUAUAUAUAUUAACUUACUAAACGUUGAAAUGUAACGAAACACCAGUAAGGUUUAGGCAAAAAUGAUAACCUCUUACAUUUACAUCAUUAAGAAUUCAGAUACAAACAAAAAAUCUUUCAACAACAUUCGAAUCGUUGCUUUCUUUAUAUUUAGAAGUUAUUUCAUUGUUGAAAAAUCACAAUUUUUUAAUAUUAAAAAGGAUUGAUUUCAAAUUCUCCUCAAUGCAAAUUAAAAUCUGUGAUUUAAAACAUGGCAAACAAAAAUAAUUAAUAGAAAUGUAAGCUUCCAUUGACGACAUACUGUUACACUUCUAGGACCAUGAUGAAAAUAAGAAAAAAAAAUGUAAAUCAAUUACACCCAUUAUGAAACAUUACUAUGAAGUCAGUAAUGUAAUCUUAUUUAGACGAUAUUUUAUAGGAUUUAUUUUUUUAAUCAUGGACCUCAACUGCUAUCUUACCUGUUAUUAAGUGAUUAUGUAGUCUAAAUUUGAAGGUAGCGGGUGAAUUUGACUAUAUCGGAAUGCUAAAUCGUUUGGCAGUACGUCAUUAAGUCACCAUUGCACUUUUGUUAUUUAUAGUAUAGUACUAGAAUUAAUUUGUAACGUGAAAUAAAUGUUUAUUUAGUAAUAGUUAAGUAUACCGUCUGACCAUGGGCGUAGCCAGGAUUGUAUCUAGGGAGGUUUCGGCUGAUACUAUUAUUUCUUAAGUAACCGACCUCGCUACGUCCAAUAAGGUCUCAACCGAACCCACAAGGGUAAGAUGACUGUAAAAUCUUCAUUUCGGACUUCAUAGUAACGUUUCCGAAUACUGCGCUAAUUGUGAAGCGCUCACAUGAUACCGAGGAUUCGUGAGGUCGAUAGAUUUUAAGUAAUAUUCAACACUUAAUUAUUAUAUAUUAUAAUUAGAUUUUUAGUCCAAAAAUGCAAUAUUAAUAUAUUAUUCAUCUCUACAUCCCGCGAUACCAAAAGUUUCUGGCUUUGAUUGUACCGCCUGUAGUAAUAAUACUUAUUAUGUAAUAAUAAUGGAUUCUAUAGCUUUUCUAUUUUUCUGGUAUAUAAUAUCAGUUUGUGCAAAAGAUCGGAAUAGUUUUCUUUAUGGAAUAAUAAUAACUUUAUAUCGAUUAUAUUAUGUAUUAAGAUGUCCCAUUAACAAAUCAAAGGUGAAUUAUAGGUAGUUAAAUAAAGUAUGAUUAUUGUAUGAAGAAUACCUUUUGAUCUUUUGCUUGACAAUCAAUUAACAUAGGACCAUAAUAACUACCAUGCAGCCAACACAUUACGUGAGUAGUAUCUAAUUGUCGUAGUAGAUAGCAUAUAAUUUUAUAUUAUCGUGUAGAAUUCACCAAUUAAGGUUUCGAUAUAGAUUUGUAUAAUAGAUUCCAAAUUUCUUCGUGCAGGGUAUGCGGACACUUAAAUAUUGUAAUUAUUGCGCUCCAUAUGCGUAUUGAAUAUAUUGUUAUUUAUUCUUUGUAGUGAGCAUCUACAACGGGGCGAAACUGACACUAGUUGACGCGGUUUGCCGUCUCAUGCAAAACUGUCAAAACAAGCAAUAACUUGACGACAUAGUAAAUAAUAGACAGUUUUGCAUAAAACGGUCAAUUAUUCUCACGUUUCUGCAGCGCAAACGGCAGCGAAGACGUUUCAUAAGUCGAGCCGUCAUGCACGCAGCGACCAAUACAGGAUCAGUUAUAGUCGUGGGUGCUGCAGAACCGUGAGAAUAAUUGAUCGUCAACAACGUGCAUAACGUUUGGCGGUGACCGCCGGGUGAAUUAUUGCUUUUUACAGUGUUAUUCACGGUUCGAGUGCAUUGUGUUUGUGCAUAUUCGUUAACUGACGUUCACUGAGAUAUAUCGGUUGUGUAAUUCCAAUACAACUUGGUUCAGUCGUUGGCAUCGAUAUGUGUUAGGGUCAGCGCAGACAGAUGGACCGAAUUAAUAUGCUCCAAUACUUUUCCGCGCUCAUCGAAUCGAAAUUUUUGGUAAUGCAUACCAAACGGUAUAUAUUUUUUACACAUAAUUUAGAAUUCUAGUUCCAUAGGAUACGGAUUAUAAUUAAAUGAGAGCGUACGAUCAUUAAGUUAAGCCUGCGCUGGCUCUUAAUUUUCAUAUUACUACUUUCAGUUUCUAUAAUAUGAAUUAUACAAGGUACUGUCUUGUCAGAGGUAUUUUCGCUGUUAUUAAUGUGUUUGAACAAUUUUGCACGUUUAUAGGCUGUUCUCGCGUUGGUUACCGUCCCUUUAGCCACUGUGAGUUCGAUAAAAAGGAGUAUCUUUUGUAUUGUGAUGGCUACUCUAAAUAUCAUGUCUUUAGUAGCUUUUGCAGCACUUAUUGGUAAUAUUUAUUUGGUCACCCGUCCCUCGAGGUAGGUCGCUAAUCGCUAUACAAAAUGACUCAAGCGACUACCUCUCCAGGGAUAGUACCCAAUGUGCGGCAAGUCCAAAAGUGGCCACAUCUAAUACUAGAGGUUAUUAUUGUAGAAAUUUGUGUUCAUAGAAUAGAUUGUACCAAAACGCUAUCCGCCUGUUUUAGUUAUUUUAACUAUAUACUUACUAUUAGCACAUGUACAUGCCAUAUUUUUUAAUGUAGAAUGGCGGAUUUUGGUAACAUUUUGACACAACCUAUUGUUUCGAGCUUAAUUCAAAUUAAUUAUUCUAAAAUGUAAAGCAAUUUUAAUGCGCGUCCACAACACUCGAUCUGUCAAAUAGAGAGAGUUAUCUAUCGGCAAAGCGGUUAGUGUAGACAGAGUAGCAGUGUUCUUUUGCGUGCUUGUAUCUAACGAAUAAAUAUCAAAUUCAAAUACAAUUUAUAUUGUAAAAAAACGGAUUACCAAAUUUUACAACAUUACUUCGCAUUAAUAUUGCAUACCAAAUUUUUCUAAUUUUAUCUGUCGUAUUUAGUAUUCCCUCUGUCUGCGCUGACCCUAGGCGUUAUUAUUUGAUCUUAAUGUUUUAUAAAUAAUAAUAUAUUAUUAUUAAUCUAGCCUUUUUUGGAAUGUUGUUCGCGGUUCAAAAAUAUGUAAUACAAUUCCUAUAUCUGCGGUUAAAUAUUUCUUUAUUCGCGGUAUUAUCAACAAGCAGCCAUGUCAGAAACGCAUUUUAUAACGGCGUAAUUAUUAUUUGUUAAAACACUGUUUACAGACAUUGUAUUAUGUAUAUAGUGAUGUCAAAAUAACAAAUUAAAUUUCUAUUUUUCUUUAUAUUCAGUUACAGUAAUAAUAAAUUAGUUUAUUACUUAGGUAUAGUUUUUCCAUUUCCGGACGAAGACGGUUUACUUUUUGUAUGUAGUCGGUAAGUAUACAUGCUAAUGUAGUAAAGUAAUGUAAACGCGUUGUUAAAUUAAUAUUAAAUUGUUUACUUCCUUCUGUAUUAAGUGAUUUACCUAGAGGGGAGACGUAUAUAACUACUUACAGGUAGAUGGUAAUUUCAUAAUAUCUUUUCAGUGCACUCCAUAAAUCCAAAAAGUGCACUGCCUACCUUAGAUCUCAUUAAGAACCAUUGGAGAAGAAAUUUUAAAUACCCUAGUUAACAGUAAGAACCUAUGCACGCCAAUGUUUUCUACAUUGAUAAUGCUCCUUCAGCUUUACACCUGUCUAAGGCCGGCCAUAUACGACCUGCUUAAAGCAGUCAGGAUCGGCAUAGUGAACUACAGACAUCUACGUACGUACAUUGUACGUUCACGAACCGCUGAGCAGCUAUUAGAGGUAGUUACAAGCUGUUGACUGACUGCAAGAGCGGUCUAUGUAUGUUAAUCAUUGGCUCAAACUGCCCGUGUAUAGCCGACCUUACUCUCGUCUAUACAUCUCAGUAGUUACUAAUACAUUCAAAGCCAAUCCGUCUUCCGAAAUUAGAAAGACUAUACUGUAGCUAUGAAUCAAUAAUAAGUUUUUGUUUGCGUUAGAGUUGUAUCUUAACAACGUUUAUGUUGAAAAAUUCGUGCCAAUAUUUUGACAGAACCUUUGUAUUACAAAAGCGCUUGAAUCACAUAAAAGCAACGUCAGUAGCCAUGUUAAAACCGAAAUAUGUAAUGUAGCUAAGUUUUUGAUUUGAUUUUGGUUUUUGUAUAACUUGAAAUAUUAGUCAUAAUCAUCUUGAAAUCUGAUUGUCUUAGUGUAUGUACGCCCCAUAUUUUUUAUAUUGUAACAAUUCCGCCUUUACUAUUAAUUAGAAAGUGUACUCGUCCGUGAACAAAAAAAAAACCAUUUAACCAUUUAACGUACAUAUCUUGAAUAAAUCGAUGUUUGACUUAAUGACAGAAUUUUGACUAUAAAUGUUUUAUUUUGAUAAAUAUGUCCUUAACUUUAUGCAGUUUUUCUAUUUGUAUUUAUUGGAAACUUCUAUUUUCUAUUCGGUGAUCUAUUCCACAAUCAAUUGCAUAGAAUAUUGACUGACAAAUCGAACGCGAUUAAAUUAAUCAAUUUCAAGUUAAGUAUAAAAAUAUAAAAAGUUUAAAGGUUAUUUUUUAUUAUUUAUAGCUAUUACCAUUUAUUCUGUAAAUUUCCCGGGCAGUUGCUGCAGCCUGCAGAAGGUACCGUUUAGGCUCUUGUGAAGUAUAAAAUAGGUGUAGCUACUUGAAUUUCUUCUAUACCGAAAGACGGUUUGCCUUUGUGUGUACAAACACAUUGCGUAUUAGAGUGAUACAGAGUAACGCAUGACAAUGAAACCCGUUAAUCAAGACACCAUUGCUUAGCACAUAAUUACGGGCAGAUAAUAAUUGAAGAAGUCUCUUUCAGUUAUACUAGUUACACAUCAGGGGCCUUACCACAAGCUUUUAAGUCCGUAGCGAUUCAAUAAUGUUUCAACAUGUAGUACUUACUCUGAGGGCAGUCCUGGAUUAGCUUGUAAGCUUUAUCCGCAAUUGCUUAGGGCAUCCCGUCUAGGGACCAGAACCGAAACGAAAUUAUCACACGAAAUUUAAAGCAAUUUUAAAUGAUUAACAUUUUUUUUUUAGUUCACAAUUAUUUGUAGUUCACUCAGGAUAGGUGGGUACACAGGGGAAGAUUGUUUAUGGCAUUAAAUUACUUUAAUCCGGCACUGCCUGAGGGCCUAAAUUGGCUUGUCGCAGCAUUGUACAUUGUAUAGCGAUUUUGAACGUCAUCGACAAUUUUGUUUGCUCAAUUCGUACCACUUACUUUGGCAACAUUAUUUACGCCCUUGAAUAAGAUGAAUAUCAUGAUAUGCCAUGCAUGAAGAAAUGCGUUGCGGUGCCAUGCUGACUUCGAAGUCAAGAAGAGGUCGUUCAGUCCAUGCGAAUCGGACACGCCCUGCCCGAAUUGACAGAAGGUUAAAAGGAUUUUUUCCUCCUUGGAGAAAAAAAUCAAAAAGAAAGAUAUCAUGAUAGUUUUGUAAAAGGUUGUUGUAAACCCUCAGUGCAUCUGUCAACGCUUGUCUAUACACCUUUCUACUACAUACUCGUACAAAAGUAAACCGUCUUACGAAAGUAGAGUAACUAAAUUCGUACCUUCGUAGUUUUAUGUUGCUAUUUAUAUGUUUAUAUUUCCCAAAUGUAAGCUGAAUUCACAAAUUGCCAAAUGGAAAAUAGACGAAAAGUAUUGAUAUUGAUAAUUAAUUAGAAGUUAAUUAUGCUAGACCGUGACUAGACAUGAAUCAAAAUAUGUAUAAUCAAACAUUUUAUAUAAACUAUCAAACAUCUCAUAUAAAGAUAUUUCAUUUCAUACUACACUGCGUAGUUAUUGCGUCCCCUACAGAUAGACUGAUACGUCUGUAAUGCGGGCUACAGACUUACAGUUUUAACUCUACAGUCGAACUGUUGAGUUAAAAAGUCCGUGUGUUAGGCAAAUCUGAGAACUGCACACAGCACAAUUUUUGUUCUAAUGAUUUUGAUUGAAAUUUCGAUUAGAUAAAAUUGUACAGUUAGAACUGAAGGACUGUAUCCCGUAUAACUUGUGUUUGUGUUGUGUUCUAACACGGUCCAGUAUAUUUUUUCAGCCUCUGGCUUCAUGCCAAAAGGGUUUUGACAACGUGCAAAAUGAUCUCUAUUUUAAAUUAAACCGCUUUUAGAUUUCGAAGUUAUAAAAAUUUCUACCUAUAGUCUGGCAAGUUCGUAGAUAACACUCCCAGAAUAUGCGGGCGACGGGGGGAAAUCGUGAGUGCGGGGAAGUGACGUGCAUCAGUCGUGGGUUUUUCACUCAUCGCUACACGCCCCCCAGCCCGCUUCGAAUAUCAGGAGUGUUACGAACGAAGUUGUCAAGCUACCUAUAUUUUGAUAUUUUACACGUCUAUUAUUUUAUUGUUUUUAAUUUUUGCUUACCAAAUAAUACAAUCUUAUGCAUGUUGCUUCUAUGCAAAAUGUUCAAUUCAAUUAUUCACACUUUUUAUUUUAGUUUUUUUUUUCGAAAGUUUCCGAUACAUUAAUAUUGGUAGUUAAAAUGUACAAGGGGUUCGGUUAUGAUAGUUUUUGUAAUAUUUAAAGUGGAUUUAAUUUAAAAAAAUGCUAAAGCAAAUCGUGCGUUUGUGCAUUUCGUACGUCGAUAUUUCUGUCUUCAACGAUUUUGCCCUUAAGACACAUAGCAUUCUGGUUGACUUCAAUACAAAAUUUUUAUACGCGCUUUUUAAUUAAAUAUUGCUAAAUAUUGUUAAAAAGUAUAUAUUAUUUUUUAAUAUACUUAAUUAAUGAAUUAAAGAUGAAGAGUGAUAUAUAGUUAUGUUAAGUGUAAAGAUUUUUAAACAGAACAUUUUGCAUUUUAAGUAAAGAUGCACUGUACUAAAGUCUAAAUUAGCCAAAGGUACUUUAAGAACAAUAUCAAUAGAGGCUUUAAUUUACUCAAAAAAUUACAACUAAUCAAUAUAAUCACAAUACAAUGCCAAAAGCCUCCUUGUAUGAUGAAUCAUGAAUUUUUAUGCAAUUGAGAAUCGUAAAUAUCAAUAGCAAUAACAAUUUUUAUUACUUUUUUAUAAUAUUCAUUUAUUCUUAAGAUUAAGAAAACAGAAGUAGUAAUGUGGAUUAAAAAAAAGUUAUGUCUAUUGUGUAUGGGUCUAAAUGAAAUUUUAAUGUCUAUGGUCGAAAUACAAUUUGUUCAUUAAAUAA